GUUCGUCGAUCAUGUUUGUGUUCCCAUAAAUGUUGAAAGAGACAUAUGUGAAACACGAACCAUGAAGUGAAAAGACAUAUACAAUGCUUGAAUAUAUAGUUGUUUCCACCACCGCCAGAACCACCAUCGACGCCAACUCCCUUGCUGGCGAUGCCAACUCAAUCCCUACCAAAGAAUACCUUGUCCGAUACUGGAAUGAACAAAUCACCAACAACCUCGCCAUACCACCACUGCUCACAUCCAAAGUUUCACCAUUAACUACUGCAGAGACAACCCUUUUCACCCAGCUCGCGGCUCAAGAUGCUAUCUCCGACCACCUCCGAUCUUUCUGCAAGGCAGCACAACUGCUCUGCUUCCCGGACUUAUCAUCCUAUCAACUUGGCAAGGAUGAUCGAUUUUUCUACGAUGUCAUUAAUGGUGCCACAACGCUGGCAGGUGGUAUGAACGUGAACGAAAGCGUGGAGCCCGGCAAAUUCUUUCGCGAAUUGAUACUGAGGAGUGGGAAUGUGAUCCGGAUGCCAGAUCUUCAGUUGAAAACUCCCAAAAGGUCGUUUUUGCCGCGCAGCAUUUCCUCUGGAUUACCGUUCUCCACCUCGAAGCUUGCCGAGCUGAAGCAAAUCUUCCAUGCUGGGGACGAUUCCACUCUGGAGAAGAUCAUGGUACGCACGCUCAGCCUGUGCGAGAAAGCACCAAUCCAAGGUGAGACCAAGCGAUGUGUUAGCUCUGUUGAGGACAUGAUCGAUUUCGCCACAUCAAUACUGGGCCACGACAUCAAGCUUCAUUCCACGGAGAGUGCCGGAGGGUCGAAGCGCGAUAUCUUGAUUGGAAGAGUGAAAAGGAUUGAUGGGAGUCGAUCGGGUGCGCCCGUGGCAUGCCACGACAGUCUAUUUCCUUACAUGGUUUAUAAUUGCCAUGCAGUUCCGACACUCCAUGUUUACGAGGCGGAUAUACUGGAUCCCGUGUCCAAGGCCACGAUCAACCACGGCGUCGCCGUCUGUCAUAUGGACACAUCGGCCUGGAGUCCAAAUCACGAGGCGUUCCGCGCGCUCGGGUCGGGCCCUGGUCGGAUCGAAGCCUGCCACUGGAUCUAUGGGGAUUAUGCGGUCUGGACAGGGGCCAAUCUGUAAUG